AUGGAACUUACUGCUUGGCUUAUCGUAGGGGCGACGUUGGUGCGCUCCGUGCUCGCCAUUGAGCCAGCGCGCCAACCUCAUCAACCAACUGGAAAUGGCGACAAAAUUCUGACUUGGAAUGAGACGAUGGUGAAUAACCAAUUCGGUGCUAGGUCUACAUCUGUUAGUUGGUUAUCUGGCGGCGAAGAUGGGCAGUAUAUCUAUGCUGGCGAUGGAGGGGCGCUGAUCCUUGAGAAUUUUGUCACCGGCGAGAGCUCGACCUUCGUUGCUGCCGACCUAAUCCCAGAUGGUGUAGCUCAGUAUUGGAUUCGCCCGGACCUCGCCAAGGUCCUUUUCGCAACUAACUACACGAAACAGUAUCGCCACUCAUACUUCGCGGAUUAUUCAGUUCUCGAUGUAGCCUCGGGCGAGCUGACGCCUUUGGUUGAGGAUCAAGUCGGUGACAUUCAAUAUGCCGAGUUUGCUCCAGCGGGAGAUGCGAUCGCCUUUGUUCGUGGCAAUAACCUGUUCUUAAAUAAGAAUGGCACUAUUUCCCAGAUUACAAGCGACGGUUCUCCGGAUCUGUUCAAUGGAGUGCCAGAUUGGGUAUACGAGGAAGAAAUAUUUGGCGACCGCUCCGCAAUCUGGUUUUCUCCCGACGGCGAGGUUCUUGCGUACCUCAGCUUCAACGAGACUGGAGUCGAAACUUUUACUGUGCAGUACUUUAUGGAUAACCAAGAAAUCGCUCCUGUGUAUCCUCGACUCUUAGACUUGAGAUACCCCAAAGUGGGCACGACUAACCCAACCGUGUCUUUGACACUUCUAAAUGUCGAUAGUGAGGAGAAAUCAGCCGUUCCAAUCGACGCAUUCCCUGCGGAUGAUCUAGUAAUCGGUGAAAUCGCCUGGGUCACAUCUGAGCAUAGUAGCGUUAUCUACCGUGCUUUCAAUCGUGUUCAGGACACCUCGAAACACGUCCGAGUUGACGUAAACGAUGCCAUCAUCACCAAAGUCGUCCGCGAACGGGACGGCACAGAUGGUUGGCUGGAUAAUGACAUAGGCAUAAAAUUCGUGGGGCCAAUCAAUGGUUCUACUGAAGAAUAUUAUAUCGAUGUUUUGGAUGAGUCCGGAUGGCAACAUAUUUACCUCUACACGGUUGAUGGCUCAAGCGCUACCCCGCUUACCGAUGGGGAAUGGGAAGUAACAGCAGUUCUGAAAGUCGAUAACAAGCGAGAGUUAAUCUACUAUACAUCUACCCAAGCCGACAGUACUGAGAGACACGUAUACUCAGUUUCAUACUCUACUUUAAAAUCAGAAUCGCUUGUCGACGCUGCGAUCCCGGCAGUCUGGAGCGCCUCUUUCUCAUCUGGUGGUGGAUAUUAUAUCCUUAGCUAUUCAGGACCUGAUGUACCUUACCAAGAGUUGUACGCGAUUAACGACACCCAGAUACCACUUCGUACUAUUACCUCGAACGACGCACUUUGGAAUAAACUCCAAGGAUAUAACUUACCGAAUAUUACAUAUUUCACUUUGGAUCACCCCGACGGGUAUAGUUUGAACGUCUUGCAACGACUUCCCCCUAACUUUGACCCCGCGAAAAAAUACCCAGUUCUCUUCACGCCCUAUGGAGGACCAGGCUCGCAGGAAGUAUCAAAGUCCUUUGAGUCGGUCGGAUGGAACGCGUAUAUAUCGUCGGACCCAGAGCUUGAGUUUAUUCAAUAUACAGUCGAUAACCGUGGAACAGGCUACAAGGGCCGGAAAUUCCGUGCUCUCGUCGCAUCCCACUUAGGCGAGUUCGAGGCAGCAGACCAGAUAUGGGCCGCGCAGGAACUUGCUUCUCGAAACUCCUUCAUUGAUGCAGAAAAGGUUGGCAUUUUUGGGUGGUCGUUUGGCGGAUAUCUAUCUGCGAAAGUAGUGGAAGCAGACUCUGGCGUUUUCACCCUGGGCCUGAUAGUCGCACCGGUUACUGACUGGCGAUUCUACGACAGCAUGUACACGGAGCGCUAUAUGAAAACUUCACAGCUAAACCCAGACGGAUACAAUAAUACAGCGAUACGUAAGCCGGACGGAUUUAAGAAUAUCGCUGGCGGGUUCUCCAUCCUGCAUGGCCUCGGAGACGAUAAUGUGCAUUACCAGAACACAGCCGCUCUUCUGGACCUUCUUGUUGGGGCCGGCGUGUCGCCUGCUAAGAUGCAAUGGCGAGUUUUCACGGAUAGCGACCACGGGAUUUCGUAUCACGGUGCGUCGACAUAUUUAUACAAAUUCUUGACAGAAUUAUUGUUCCGGGAGAAGACACGAACGAGUCAGAACCUGGCGCACCAAUGGGCAAGGAGGUCGGAGUCGCACGUUUUAGAUGAGCGAUAG